AGCAGGGUGGGAGCGCAGCAGCGCCCCGGACGCCUGGGUUCCGAGCCUGGCUCGCAGCGCCGUGAGGGGGCGAGUCCCAGUCUGCAGCCCGCGGGCCCCGCAAGGGCUCGCCCCGGCCGGCCGGGCGGUCAAGAACCUGCGGCAGUGAAGUGUCCCCCUCUCAGUCACGUUCCAGUUCCCCGUGGAGCUGAGCGGGGUCCGGGUGUGGGAUGCCUCUGAGGUCGUCCCCUCCAAGCCCCAGCUGGCUCAGUGCGUAAGUGAGGCUGGAACCCCGCGUUCGAAGGACUUUGUGAAGCGGAUGAGCGAGCGCCCCCUGCUGGACUGCUCUGUGGCCACCUGUAAGAAGAUCCGGUGCAGAAUCGCCUCCCUGGAAAUGCACCAGCCGCUGGAGUUCAUGAUCAAAGGGAACAUCAGCUUCCAAUGGGUCUCCCAGACUCAGCAGCAGAAAGUGAGUCUGGUGAGCGAGGCCCGGAUUGAAUACGAGGAGAAGAAAUACACCCAGAAGGAGGGAUUCGUCCAGCGCCAGGUGCAGACGGUGGUGGAGCGCUUCGUGGGCUAUAACUACCUGCCCAUCAUCGUGGGCAGCAGUGUGGGGGGCCUGGUCCUGCUGGUUCUCAUCACCGCAGCCCUCUGCAAGGUGACUCGGCUUCUUCCAGCGCCAGUACAAGCAGAUGAUGGAGGACGCUGUGGAGGGCGAGGGGCCUGGCCCGACCCAGAGCACAACCGCUGGCAACCCCCCUGCUUCCGAUGCCCCAAAACAGUAGCCCCCCAGGCGCCAACGCCCCCCGGCUUUGCCUCCCUCUUAGUUGCUCUAGAUCCACCUCCGCCUCCUUGUGUUUGCCGCCCCCAAGAGGCAGAAAGACCGGCCACUGCCCAUCCCCCAACCAAUAAAAGAGAUCCGAGUGCCAACUCGAGCUAAUUGUUACUCAAAUUAGGCUGGGCAGAAUUCUGCUCACCUUUUUAUCAUUUUGAUGGAGAACAUUAAAGUUAGUUUAUAGGCAUUUUUUUUUAAGAGUUCUAUUGAUUUAAAUUUUGAUGUGGAAAAUUACUUGUUUUAAGCAUCCCUCCCUCCCCCAUUUUUAUCAGUUUAAAUAAUCACGGUUGUGGGAACUUGUAUGUGUUGGGAGUCAGGCCAUAGGUGAAGGUCAGACAAUUAUUUAAUGGCAAUAGAGGUUGAGAUUCAAGAAGUGGAGCUUUAUAAUUAUGCUUAGAAGGACUGGAUUUUUAUUGGUAAAUGUUGAAUUCAUCACACACGCGCAAGCUGCCGGCAAAAUAUUUCCGUCGCUAAUCAUCAAAAUUUGCGGCUUGAGAACUUCUAAAACUGAUUGAAAAGGAAAAAAAUCAAUGUCUCUGCCCUGCAGGUUUAAACUGAGGAACUCCCUGCCGCAUGUAGUAAUGAGGCUGUGACAGAAUACGUUCCUGUAUUCACACCCCUACAUAUUAUUGUUAUAAUCUUUGUACGAAGUAUGCCUUGUGAGGUAUAAUUCGAAACCUCACAAGUUGUUGAUCAGUAUUGUCCUGCUAAGAUAUGUGUCUCAACAUUGUCAAUAGGAUGAAAUUCAAUAAGGACAAAGGCAAAGUACUCCACUGAGGAAGGAACAAUCAGAUGCACGCAUACAAAAUGGGAAAUGACUGCCUUGGAAGGAGUACUGCGGAAAGGGAUCUGGGGGUCAUAGUGCACCACAAGCUAAAUAUCAGUCAACAGUGUAACGCUGUUGCAAAAAAAGCAAAUGUCAUUCUGGGAUGUAUGAGUAGGACAGUAGGGCACGGCACGGCGGGGGCAUCCCCACUUCAUCCAAUUCAAGAGCACUGUUUACAAACCGCAGCCCUGUGCUGCCAGUGUGCCCCUUCCCCGUGGGCGGGGGGGGGGGUCCAUGCCAUGCCACACAGCCCUCCCACCCAGCACCCCUGGACCCACUAUGCCCAGCACCCCCCCCACAAAUGCACAGUGCCCUGAACACCGUCACCCCAGCCCAGCACCCCCCCCCACCUUCAGCCCCACCACCUCUGCCCAGCACCCCACCACAACUGCCCAGGACCCCCCACUGCCCAGCACCCUAACAUGCAAAGAUCUCCCCCACCCCCACUGCCCAGUACCCUUCCCCACAGUCCCACCACCACAACUACACUGCGCCUCACACAGACCGCCCCCCCCCACUGCCCAGCAUCCCAAAAUACACAAACCUCCCCCACUGCCCAGCGCCUCCCACCCCCUCACAUCCCAGCAUCCCCUCACAGACCUACUCCCCGACACCCUGCCCCAGGCCCUGCAGAGGAGGGAUCUCUCUCCAGAACAGUGCAAGGGGGCAGGACAGCAGAAGCUCGGGAACACAGAGAGGCCCUGUCCCCCAGGGCCCCAUGCAGCCCCAGACCACAGAUCCAUGGCCGGAGAGGGCUGAAGGCUGAGAGCAGCAGCAGGAGGGUGCUGGUUCUCUCAGCAGGACAGCUGAAGCCAGAGGGCCAGAGAGGGCUGAACUCUGGGGAAGGAUGGAGGGUUAAACCCGCUGAUGUCUCCAACUGGAACCAUGCCUGGGAAUGAAACAAAAUGGAAAAGCACCCCAGCUAGAAGGGUGUUGGAGCUGUACUGAAGAGCUGGGGCAUGGCGAGAGAUGCUGGAGCUGUCCCGGAAAGCCAGGGCAUGGUGAGAGACAUUGGAGCCCUGCUGGAGAGCUGGGGCAUGGUGGUGAUCGAUGCUGGAGCCGUACUGCAGAGCCGUGGUUUUGUUCAGAAAUCCAGAUCCGAGGCCAGAAGAGACCAUUGUGAUCAUCCAGCCUGACCUCCUGUGUAACACAGGCCUUAGAACUUCCUUGAAAUAAUUCCUAGAGUAGAGUUUUUAGAAAAGCGCCCAAUUCUGAUUUUAAAACGGUCAGUGAUAAAGAAUCCAGUCUGGCCCUUUUCAAGUUGGUCUACCGGGUAAUGACUCACAUCUUCUUGUUAAAAAUGUAUGUCUUAUUUCCAGUCUGAAUUUGUCUAGAUUCAGCUUCCAGCCAUUGGAUCAUGUUAUACCUUUGUCUACUAGAUUGAAGAGCCCAUUAUUAAAUAUUUGUUCCUCAUGUAGAUACUUAUAGACUAGGAUCAAGUCACCCUGCAACUUUCUCUUUGUUAAGCUGAAUAGAUUGAGCUCCUUGAGUCUAUCAUUUCAAUCAUUCUUAUGGCUUUUUUCUGUCCCCUCUGCAAUUUAUCAAUUUCUUUCUUGAAUUUUGGGUACCGGAAUUAGACACAGGAUUCCAGCAGAGGUGGCAGCAGUGCCAAAUAUAGGGGUAAAAUAACCUCUCUACUCCUAUUUGAGGUUUUCCUGCUUAUACAGUGAUGAAUUGGCACAGGUUCCAUCCCGGAGCCAUCCCACGUGGUCUGAUAAGAGUCCAGACAAUAUGUGUGAUGAGCAGGAACCCUCAGCUUGCCAAAGCCCAUAGGGACUCUCUGGGGGCUCACCAGAUCAUCGCUUCAGGCAUCUUCAGAUAUUCAGCCCCUGCAACACUCCCCAGUAUCUCCAGAUGUUCAGCAGGUGAUGACAUUCCUCAGAUGACAUUCCACAGACAUUCCUCUCCAGAUGAUAAUAUCCCUUCCUCUCCCCCAGUCCCUUCCGAUGUUCAGGACAUGUGGCAUUACCCCUGAGCCACCCCCUCUUCCUCCUUCUCUGGCCGUUUUUGGGAAUCGUUUCCUUUGCUUUAACAAAAGCCUGACGUUGAAUGAUUUUGGGAGGAUCAAAAAGUCUUCAAUUAGCUGGAAAACUUCAUGUUCAGUAUGACCUGAACUGAAAAUUUUCCUGUUUGUUUUUCCUGGAAUUGCCAGGGAACCCCCUCCCCCUCAUUCUAUUAUUUGCCCAGCUCUAUCUGGGAGGGCUCUGUACAGAGAACACUCCCUGAUUUUAGCCCCAUUCUCUGCUGGGGGCAACAUGGGGAAAUGUUCCUGGAGACCCUUUGGGGGUAUAUGGGCUGCAGACCCUGCGGGGUGGGGGUGAGGGGUGUCAGGAGGCAGCGGCCUGGAUGGCUCACAGUACAACAGGAAGCCACUUGUCUGUUUUUAACCCUGCAAAAGGGGACAAGUUCUGGAGCUGUCUAGCUCAACCCUCCACCUCCUCUUGUAUCAGGAGAGCUCCAUCUGGCCAGGAUGGCUGCUGAGGGUCCCCCAUAAACCUUCUCUUCUGAACUCCUGUCCCAGUAUUGCCUGCAAGAUGGGAAUCGGCAGAAACAGUAGCCUGCUACCUCCUUGAUAAUUUACAUUCCUCUAAUCUCCUAGCAGAGGGUGCUCUGCCCCAAGAUUGAAACAACAAAGGACCAGUAGUCAUGCUGCAACCACCAGGGAAUACUAACUGCAGGGAUUUCCCUGUGCUGCCUCGGAGCUGUCUGGGUUGCGGGUGGGGGAACCCCACCAGUGGGAUAUGGGCUGGGCUGCGGUGAUGGAAUAUAGCUCCUUCCUGGGGACCUGGUAUAUGUCCUGGGUAUUAUGUUCUCUAGGCCUUGUUGUUAAAGGCAGGUCUCUCGGAGGCAGCAUCCCUUGAGACACACUUCUCCAGCCAGGAGGUGGGAGACACUUAUCGCUAGGGCCUACCACAUUCCCUGUCCAUUUUGAUAAAUUUCGUGGCCAGAGGGUUUUAAAAUUGGUCAAUUUCUCAUUUUCAAAUGUUUACAUCAUAAACAUACAGCUAAGGGUAGCAUAAAAUCCCUCCUUUAACUGUAAAGGGUUAAGAAGCUCAGAUAACCUGGUUGACACCUGACCAAAAGGACCAAUAAGGAGAGAAGAUACUUUCAAAUCUUUGGAGGAAGGUUUUUGUUUUGGGCUGUUGUUGUUCUCCCAGGAGACAAAGAUUGAGACCAAGCAAGUAAUCCAUAUCCUACUGAAUGAUACAUCUAAAAUUACAUCUAGAAAUAGUAAGUAAUAGCAAGGAAAUGUGUUAGAGUAUCUUUUGUUUUAGCUUGUGAAUUUUCCCUGUGCUAAGAGGGAGGUUUAUCCCUGUUUUUGUAACUUUGAAGUUUUGCCUAGACGAGAAUCCUCUGUGUUUUGAAUCUUACUACCCUGUAAAAUUACCUUCCAUCCUGAUUUUACAGAAGUGCUUCUUUUACUUCUUUUUCUUUAUAAUAAAGUUCUGUUUUUGU